CCGGCGGCGACGGCGGCGGCUUCUCGAGUCCCUUCAAUUAUCAGCUGAGCCGCACAGCGCCGGCGUGCGCCUCCGCCCGCGCCGCCUCCCUCCCCGCCCGUUCCAACACCCUCCGGGAACUACUUUUCCCUCAGGUUGCGCUGACGGGCACGUCCGCGGGACAAGCCCCGCUGCCUACUCGCUGCCCAUCACAUCGCCCCUCCCUCCCCCGCCGCCCGGCUCGACUCCCCCAGCAGCCUGCGAUCUCCUCCCGAUCCCUCCGAGGGACCAGGAAGGGGAAUGUGAAGCAUCGCUUGGUAUCCCUCCGCCGGGGUCACCCCCUCCCCUCCGUGGUAGCAGGAACUAAUUCCCCUUCGGGUCACCGGGGAUCUGAGGUGGGAAUUUCACGGAUCAGGGUUCCCUGUGACCCUUGGAAAAGGGUAGAUCACCCCAAGUUAGAAGCCCACUGUCAGCUCAAAAGUGGGGUUCGAUUUAAACUAGGGCUUUGGCCCCAUGACCUCAAACAAACCCCGCCCCUUCCUGGUUGUCUUAGCGACGGCGGUGGCGUCCCAAGAUGGCGUCUUGGCUGCCGGAGACUCUGUUCGAAAUUGUAGGACAAGGCCCGGCGCCGAGCAAAGACUAUUACCAGUUAUUGGUCACCCGAUCCCAGGUCAUCUUUAGAUGGUGGAAGAUCUCUCUGAGGAGUGAGUAUCGAUCAACAAAACCUGGAGAAGCAAAAGAAUCUCAUGAAAACUUCCUAGAGAAUUCACAUCUUCAAGUUCAAAUUGCCGUAAUAUUUGGUGCAAGAAUAUUAGACUAUGUCUUCAAUUUGUGCAAAGGUAAAUUUGACUUCCUUGAGCGGCUCUCAGACAAUCUGCUCCUGAGUAUCAUUUCUUAUCUGGAUCUUGAAGAUAUUGCCAGGCUUUCUCAAACAUCACGCAGAUUUUCCAAGCUGUGCAUGUCUGACAAACUGUGGGAGCCGAUAGUUCUGUCCGCCUGUGACAGCAUCACCCCUGACAUGAGGGCCCUGGCUGAGGAUAUGGGUUGGAGACAGAUGUUCUUCACCAACAAGUUUCAGCUCCAGAGGAAGCUCCGCAAGAGGAAAGCACACCAAAAAAGCGAGAGAGGCAGUCACCUUUAGGGGAAUGUUUUCCUACUUGCAGAGGCGUGGUGGCAUGGCUGCGUGUUUUUCCCAUGUCCAAAUGUCUUUUGUUUCCUUUGAUUAAGGAAGAAGAGGUUUUGCUGAUUCCAGGAGCAUCUGAAAAUCAUAGAGUAUUUGCACACAAAUGCAGCAAAUCUAAGUCCGCAGUCCCGUCAUGGUGACAAGGGCUGCCGGACAGGAAGCCCCGCCAUCCACGUCUUCCCCACCUGACACCCAUAUGAGGCUUCUGCUGUGUAGAAACAAACAAUAAAUGAUUUUUAGCAGUU